AUGCCUCUCGAACUAAAGCCAAGGGCCAAUUCCGAGGCUUGCGAAGCAUCCUUUGAUAAUUAUGCCGAUUUAAGGGUUACACUUAUAGGAAAUAAUGAUUUGAAAUACAAAUUGAUCGGGGAUACUAAAUUCAUGGAGAAAUUAGUACAUGAAUUUAGUACUGUUAUUAACACGGCGGUUUCGGAUCCAAAUUACUUCUUUUCCAAUAAUGUCGACGAAUUCUUAAAUGAUUUAGAACAUAAAAUAGUUGUGGUGAAGAUAUUGUCCUCCUUUAUCACAGAAGUCAGUUCGAAUAACAACCGAGAUAUUUCCACCAGCUUGAAUGAAUUCGAAGGAUUGAUUCAGCCAAUGAUUUCGUUCGUGUCAUACUUUAUUGAAAAGUUUUCCCCGUUGAUAUAUGGACGUACAUUGGACGAUAAUUUGGUCCAUACGCUUGAAAUAAUGGUUGAAUACUGCUUGGAUAUAUUUGUUGCUCUUUUCAACAAUAAGAACUAUGGAACUUUGUUUCAAAACGAUGGUACGAAUAAACUUUGGAGAUUCAUUACUUCGUUACUUAUAAUUACUUACGAUUCAUCAGACAUUUCUGAAUUAAUAUUAACGAAACUGUUGAAAUUAGUCCCAGUAUUACUUAAUAAUGCUAGCUCUAACGCAAGUAUACACGAGCCAUUAGUUACUCUAUUAUCCACCCUUUUGAAAAGGUUAUCAAAAGAGUGUAAAACAUUGAAUCUGUCAAAUUUCCCAGCAAUUGAAUUUACCCCAGAAAUAGUCAGCAGGUUGGCGUUUGAAGACCCCAAUUUACCCAAUCUUGAGUUAAACCCAUAUAUUUUUAGAACCAAGGUGAAUUUAUUGUUAUUGACCGAUUUGAUAACUUGUACUGCUCAGAUUUUCAGUUUUCUGAAUGAUAAUAAAUAUGGUAUUUUCAUAAACCCAUCACUGGAUGUUGGCAAAGAAAGUCCCGAGAAUGCGUUAUUGCUGUCGGAUAUCUACCUUACCAUGUUAUUGUUAAUCAAGUAUGAAAAUAAGGCAUUGAAUUUAGCUGCAUUGAAUUUGGUAUAUCUUCAUUUGAAUAAUUUAAAGCAAUUUUCGAAUCAAGAUGAUAGUGAUACGAGAGAUGAAUUAAUCUUCAGCAACUUUAAGAAGGUUACUCCAAAAUUAAUAGAAUUAUUAAGCUUAGAUGAUAAUAAAUUUGUCAAACCUACAACAUUACCCAUAUUCUUAUUAUCACCAACUAAAAUAUUGACCAAUCUAAGCUCGCAGUAUCCUUCUAUCAGUGAUGAAUUAAGAAAAAACAACGUAGAUUACAAGAUAAUGAAGAGUUUAGAAUUACAAUUCAAGUCGAGUCAGAAAAUAAAGUACUUCAAAUUAUUGAAACACAACUCACAAAAUUGUACUAAAUUAGUCGAUUUUACGGUAAUGAUGAAUAGUCUUCAAGAAACAAACUUGAACAGCCUUACUGAUUUACUUCUAUUAUUGAGUGUAUUCACAAGCAAGAAAGAAGAAUAUCGUGAAAGAGUUGUCAACUACAAGCUUUCAGAUACUAAGUCAAAACAUCAACAUACAUUUUCACAAAUGGUGUUUGAAUUAAUCGAUGAUUAUAGAUUCGUGUUAAUACAAGUUCAACUAGUACAUAGAAUAUUAUAUCCUAAGGACAACACGAAGAAAGUUUCGGGGCAAGAUAUCGCAUGGUUGAGUAAGAAUUUGGGUAUUAUGAUCACCUUAGUUAAUGAUCCGGCUUAUACUAAUGUUCUUUAUUUGAUUAGGUCACUCUCUAGGUCUGUGGCUUUAUUAAGGACAUUCUUCGUUGAUUGCAACUCGAUUGUUAGUGAGAUUGAUAUCGAAAAUUCAGUUGAUAUUGCUAGAUCAAGAUAUGCCAGAGAUCGAAACUCAUCAAGUGGUGGUUUUAUAAGCAAUAUUUUGCAAAUCCUUAAGGGAAAUGAAAUUUCUAGUAAGCUUAUUCAGUUUUUCUGUAAUUUCAAUUCCGAAGAUUAUACUGGAAGGCAGCUUAACAAGUCACAGAUGCUCAAUAAAUCUAUUACUUUAGGGACAAUUGCAAACUUUGUUCUUGAUUUUAGUUCAUUUCGGUAUAAUAUAGUUAAUGAUGAAGGAUUUUUAAAGAACUUAUCGGUCAUUUAUAAAAACUCCUUAGUUGCGAACUAUAAGACCUCUACAGGAAAGACCAACGAUGAAGAAAUGUUCCAGAAAAAUACAAUCCAAUUAAGUAUUUUGCAAAUAUUGAAAAAUUACAUGUACAAUGAGAAUCAAGAAAACAAAAAGGAGCUAAUUGAAUAUUUCCCAAUAUCGAUAUUAUUCGAUAAAAUAGUUUAUGGGGUAGCAAAAUCUGAUAAUAUACACGGCCAUGAUGUUGGUGGUGAAAGCGAAGAAAUCAAGGGCUUGAGGUUGCAACAAAAGAUUGUUGCGUUUGAUAUUCUAAGAAAUUUGACAGCAGGGUCACCAUAUUUCAGUCAAUAUUUAAUCGAUGCUUAUGACAAUAAGUUGGAUGAUGAUGUCAAGAAAGAGGAUAAGCUCCCAAUGAGUUGGGCGGAUUUUGUUAUUGCGAAUAUAACAAAUUUUGAAAAUUUUGAACGGAACCACGAGAGAGUGAAUUUAAACAAAGAAUUGUUUCGUGAUGAUUCGUUCUUGUUGUCAUUGAUGGAUAAUAAUGACUAUGUGUCAUUAGUUUUGGCCAUUAACUAUAUCGAAGACCAUAAGUUUACAAAUAUAGAACAGUUUAGAGAAAGAUUGCUUCCAAAGGAAUCGCUUUUGAAAGUGUGGAAACGGUUUCUAAACCUCACUGUGACGGAGGAGUUUGAAAGCCAGUUGGAUUUGAAUUCGAAGAUUAAUAUCAAUAAUAAUUUAAAUUCAAUCAAGCUAAGCAUCGUGUGGAUCAUAAUUAACCUAACAUGGAAAAACGACGUGUUUGAGUACACGUUCCCCGGAGCUGACAAUGACACCAGAAGAAGUAGUGGUGAUAACUACCGAAUCUAUGACACGGUGGAAAGUUCGCCCAACAGAAGAACCAGCUCGGCAAAUGACCGAAUUGAUAUCGACAAUUCGGACGAUUCAGACAACGAGAAGAAGGAGAUGAGUGACGACAACGAAAUCAGCUCCAACCCCAAUAACCAUAGUGAUGCCACGAGCAACCUCACAGUGGGGGAGUCGGACGAGAAAAUCACGACGCCUACCGAAAGAGCAAAAAUCUUAAAGCAGUAUGGGUUCCUCGAGGUCCUCGAUAAUCUUAUCGGACAAUUAGGCAACUACGAAAAGAGCAAUAGAAACAACUUAGAGAAGGGAUACACGGGACAGCGUUUCGACUAUUUCAUGAGCAACGACUUGCUCGAGAAGAUCAAGACUGCCCGAUACCAGAUAUUUUCGUUAGAGUCUGGAGGCCAUAUUAGCUUUAGGCCCAGACAGUCGAGAACCAGCCAGCAACUCGAUCGCAACACCACGCAACAACGAGCCAUGCCAACAACCACUAGCAAUAGUGAUGCUGUUACAGCGGCAGUGCUUGCAGCGGCAGGGGCCGGUUCCGGGGUCAGUGCAGUACCCAGGCUAGUAUCGAGACCCGACGUGAACAGAGGCGGUGAAGGCUACGGAUAUGGCUCCGACAAUGAUUUCACUGAAGUUUCGCCGAUUGCACCCAUCGAGUCCCAUGCCAAUGAUGAUGAGGACAUGGAAAACGACGACGACGACGAUGACGACGACUCGGUCGAUGAAGAUUGGAUCCAUUGA